UCCUUUCACACGCAGCGUGUGGCAUCACGCAGAAGAGUUUGGGGCAAACAUGGCUGACGAGGAGGACUCGUCACCGGACCCCGCCGCGGGUCUUACGCCGGGGAGCCCUCACACAGGGCGCCCUCACUCCGUGUCGUUCUCCGAGAGCGUCCCGCCGACCGUAGGAAUGGUUAGCCAGCUGCUCACCCAGCCGUCGUCACUGAAGUUCGAUAAGAACAUCAAGCAGGCCUUCUACAACACCGGGGCUAUGAUCUUCGUGGCUAUCUGCUGCGGGGCGGCGGUGCUGGUCUACUUCAUCCUGGAGGCCUUCCUCCGGCCGCUUCUCUGGGCCGUGUUGUGCGGCACCUUCCUCCACCCCUUCAAGCACUCCCUCGCUCGGCUCGGACGCUCUUGGCUCAGCGGCCUGCAGGACACCGGCACGCCCAUCGUGGUGGGCACUCUGCUGGUGCCGGUGUGGUGCGUCAACCACACGGUGGACUUCCUGGGCCGGCAGGUGCUGGAGAAGCUCCCCCUGGUGCUGGCCAUCGGAGCCGGGGCGCCGCUGCUCUACGUCCUCUACCUGUCGUGGAGCGUCGUCGGCAUGGAGGUGCUUCUCGGCCACCUGUGGGGGAUCAUCGCGGCGGGGUUGGAUUGUUUCCACGCCAUGUGGGUUUGCACAGUGGUCGUCGGCUACUUGUUGGCAGUUUGCUUUAAGUGGAGUCCUUACAGUGAAGGCUACUUGAGGUCCGCCGCCCUGCCCGUGUGGACCACUUUGCUUUUCUACAUUGUGUCUUUGACGGGCUCGUGGAGGGUUCCUUUAUUUGUGGUGGUGUUGCUGCUGCUCAUUGUGGGCUCCCAAGAGAAGCCUCCCGUCCCUGGCAGAGGUGAGCUGCCUGGGCGGGUGUUGUCAUUUGCUGCCAACACGAUUUACAUGGCCAUCUCCUGUGGAAGCCUGCACUCCAAAACUGAGCCAGCUGAAGGAUGCACCGCAGGCAGAUAUGGCAACGACUCAGUGGGCAACCUCAUUGCCACCCCAGGGUUCCCUCAGAGCUCUAGAAGAGUAGCAUCCGGUCUCUUCCAGAAGAAGUCCUCCCACAGGGCCAGCGACAUCUACUUCAUCCUGCUGGUGUGGGCCAUAGUCCUUGUCCAGAUCUGGCUCAACUUGUGGGUCCUACAGCUCCUGCCCAUCCCCGUGGCAGUGUGGGUGAUGAAGAAGCUGGUGGUCCAUUUUGGCUUGAAGAGCUUUGCGGCGAGGACUCUGAGCUCGUGGUGGACUGUGCUGGAGAAGUUCAGGCGGGAACGAGAGGAUGCUCUGCUGCCGGGUCCGAUCAAAGGCUUGGCUCAGUUCUUGCUGCGUAUUGACACAAAGCUGUGGCAUUGGCUUAACAAGCAGAUGGUGGUGUGGUUGGAGCGCUCGCUGGAUAAAAUCAUCAGCAUCUUCAUCAUCAUCCUCCUGGUCACAGGGACCCUCCUCAUGGGGCUGCUGCUCACAGCAAUGGUUCACCAUGAAAGCGCUCACAUCAUUGACGUCACCAGUAAUCUCAUCAACGAGACGGUCUCCAACCACCCAGAAUGGGCAAACUUGCUGCCAGAAACCCGUGUGGUCCAGAAGGCUUUGAAUUCGGCGGCCACUAACGUCUACGAGCACGGGAGAGAAUGGAUAACGCAAAAACUUCACAAGAUGUUAGGAGACAAGGUGAAUCACACGGACGUGAUUGAGAAGCAGGUGCUGGAGCUUUGGGACCGACUCUACCACUCCUGGUUUGUGAAGAACGUGACCCACUCCGGUCGCUCUCGUGGUUCCAAGUUGAAUAUUCAGAGAGCAAACAGCUGGUUGGUGGACAUCCUGGACUGGAAGGACAUCGCCUCCUUUCUUCAGGAGAAUAUUGAGACUCUGUGGUCUAUUCUGGAGUCUCUCUGGGUGGUGAUGAGCAGGAACGUUGGCCUCCUCAUCUCCACGACCACCACGCUGCUCACCGUCUUGUUUCACAGCGGCACGGCUCUGCUCAACUUCGUCCUCAGCCUGGUGAUCUUUUUGACCACGCUGUUCUACCUGCUGAGCUCCAGUGGAGAAUACUACAAACCUGUCAAGUGGGUCAUCAGCCUGACCCCCCUCUCGCAGCCAGGACCUUCAUCCAACAUCAUUGGGCAGUCUGUGGAGGAGGCCAUCAGAGGCGUGUUUGAUGCCUCUCUGAAGAUGGCGGGCUUCUACGGCCUGUACACUUGGCUCACUCACACCAUCUUUGGCAUCAACGUGGUCUUCAUUCCUUCAGCCCUGGCCGCCAUCUUGGGCGCGGUGCCCUUCCUGGGCACGUACUGGGCCGCCGUGCCCGCCGUGUGCGACCUGUGGCUGGCGCAAGGCGAAGGUGUCAAGGCCGCUCUGCUGCUCGUCUGCCACAUGCUGCCGACCUACUUCGUGGACACGGCUAUCUACUCGGACAUCUCGGGGGGGGGUCACCCCUACCUGACAGGCUUGGCAGUAGCGGGCGGCGCCUACUAUCUGGGUCUGGAGGGCGCCAUUAUUGGUCCCAUCCUGCUGUGCAUCUUGGUGGUGGCGGCCAACAUCUACAGCGCCAUGCUGAUGAGCCCCAACUCCGCGGCCCCCACGCCCAUCCAGGCGGGCUGCCCCCAGCCUGGCAACAGAUUUUUCCCCCCCAGGCCUUUGUCAGAGUCGACGCCAUCCGUCCUGAAAAAGAGCAGUGAGUGAUGGCGGGUUGGCGGAAAGACUCGACUGCUCCUUCCCCCCGUGCGGCUCCGCUACGCGGGUCCGGCGAGAUGGCGUCGCAAGGAAGGGCGGGUUCACGGUCGCUCACCCACAAUGCUUUGCUGCACCAUCGCUCUGAACAAAACGGUGCCUGCGGCCAUCAAUCAAAAAGAUGAUGCGUACCACGCUUGCCAAAAUAGUUUUUAUGGUACUUCUACAGCGUGAGAUGAUUGUCGAAACAUUUCCACGUCGGUACCUCUCCUCACAUUAAGACUCACGUAGUCUCCAGUCACAUUGUACAACAACUUGCUUCCAAAGAUUUCUCAUGGUCACUCGUGUAAGGUUGCAAAGGACCACAACAUUUGGUUAUGUUUUAGAAUUAUACACAAUAAUGGAAAUAAUCAGUUGGACAAGUUGGAUACUUUCCAUGACAAUUAAUGAGAAUUAACUGGAAAUUUGAGUCAUUCUAAUUUAAAAAUCAACAUAUUUUGAAAGCUUUUUGCCGUUAUCCUCCCCCCAUGAACAACAAAAUACUUUUUGUGUUUGACAUAAAAAAAAAAAAAGUUUGGAGAUGCAUGCUUUAUUUUGGACUACAUGCAUGUGCAGUGUUCUUAUUUGGGUCUAUUUGCACUUUUUAAAAUUCUAAACCUAUCCUUUGCUGAAAAACUCAGCAUUUUGGUGUUGCGCUAACAGACACCCAAAGAUGAUCAUCUUGAGGUAUCUUGGUGCCAAAGAACUAUGUUGACAUGAUGGUUGGAGCUUCUAUUAGGCAAAGCCAUGUUUAGUAGAAAGGUGAUUGAUCGAUUGUGGCAUCUAUAGGCAAUUUUAAAUAAUUUUAAAAUAUAUCACAGCAGGGCUCCAGAAAAAUGUUUUUUGGGGGGGAUUAAAAACCCUACAAAAAUGCAAACAUGCAUGCAAAGUAUGUACUUUUUAAAAUCUGACAGGAGAGUUCUUGGCUGAUUUAUUUUAACUAUUUGACUUUAAUAUAGAUUAUAAUAAACCAACCUGAACAUUUUGAAAUUUCCAGUUUAUUCCCAACAUUGAAAAUCUCAUGUAUUUUGCAACCCUACCCAUGUGGCCAUAAAAGUAGCACUGAGUUUGCACAAAAUGUUUGCUUUAAUAACAAUGCACACCUGCCUGCUCUCCAUGACCACGUUUUCACAUUUGUGUUGUUUAUAAAGAAGAAUAGAAUUGUGAAAUGUAAUCCCAAGUGAAGUGUUUGAAAAUGACAUUUUAGCCCAGCAUAUAACUCGAGAAAUGGUGACAUGGUUUAUCUGAUAAGGCACUGAAGUGGAGUGGGCUAGCUCUUUUUUUAAUGUGCAGAAAUGAAUAGCGAAAAGACAUAUCUUUAUGGUCUCACUCACGGUUUAGUUCCAUUUGUUUUUCUGUUAACCAUAACAUUCUGAAAUUGCAGUCAAGACAGCUUUCAUUAGAUAUUGAUUGGAUGUUUGUGCUUGCUUAUUAUUUUCACUACACUAGCACUUUAAGAGUACUACAGUGCUUAUCGCCAAGUUUGUAUGUGUAAUAGAUGGUAUAGGACAUUUGGUUUGUUGGAACAAUUUUUUUUUUUUUUUGGAGUGUGCAUAAACAACAUCUGUGCUUACCAAAUUAGUUUUCUUUUUAUUACCGUUUUCCUCAAAAGACUGGAUAUGCACUGCCAAAUAAAAGUUUGAUGUAAA